ACAUCUAGGAUGGUAGAGAUGGAAAAUAUACGCACUGGUUAGACUAGGUACCAAAGACAGGCCCAAUCUUCUUUCUCUCACAUCGGCAUUGCGGUCAAUGUGAUGCGUACUAGGUGCUGCGAAGCCAAGCUUGACGAAAGCAGAUGAUAACGUGGGCAUGCUGAGUUUGUUGAGGAGCUCGGGCGUACUGGACAUGUGAGCGAGCUCAGUUCAGUGGAUCUUUUUCCCUCGACUGCCUCGCUAAUCCGAAACGUUUGGACACAUACGACUUCCCGUGUGCAUGCCGAGCGUCACAGAGGACUUAUCACCUCUCUAUCACCUUCUUUCUUAUUGCCAAGGUCAGUGAAUGCUCUCUAGCAAUUUCGGCCGGGCUAUCCGCUGACACGCUCGCCACUUGCUCGCCACACCGCCAUCAACGUGCCAAGCACGCAAUAUGACCUCAGCUUCGGCUCAUCCAGUUUUACAUAAAUAUGAUCAAUCGCAAAGCCUUCGUCGUACUUGCCCUUCUCCCUUGUCAUGGAUAGCGCAACUCGCUUCGCCAAACGUCUCGUGCGGUACCCCGAUGAUUCCGUUUCUACAAUCUCUGCGCGAGACUUUGUUCGGCCGUAUGGGUCGAAUCCUCGACGCUCUAUCCAGGAAUAUCUACUCAGCCUGUUCCCCAUCUUGACAUGGAUUUCUCGAUACAAUCCUACUUGGGCACUUGGCGAUCUAAUCUCAGGUCUAACGGUCGGAAUGGUUCUUGUCCCCCAGGGAAUGUCAUAUGCUCAAAUUGCGACUCUGCCCACCCAAUACGGCCUGUACUCAUCCUUCGUCGGCGUCACGAUCUACUGUUUAUUCGCCACUUCUAAAGACGUAUCCAUCGGCCCCGUGGCCGUUGUCAGUCUUCUCACCUCGCAGAUCAUCAGCAAGAUCCAGCAUGCCCACCCUGGUGCAUGGGCGGGGCCUGAGAUCGCUACCACAAUCGCAUUUAUCUCGGGAUUUAUCGUCCUCGGAGUCGGAUUGUUGCGGUUAGGCUGGAUCAUUGAAUUCAUCCCUGCUCCUGCUGUUUCUGGCUUCAUGACUGGAUCUGCUCUUAGCAUUACAGCUGGACAGCUUCCAGGUUUAAUGGGCAUCACUGGGUUCAAUACCCGCGCUGCCACAUACCAUGUGAUUAUCAACUUCCUGAAAGGGUUACCUCGCACAACCCUAGACGCUGCCUGGGGUCUACCCUCUUUGGCUGCAUUGUACAUCAUUCAGUACACGUGCGACCGACUGGCUAAGCGAUUCCCCCGGCACGCGCGUCUGUUCUUCUUUUUGUCUGUUAUGCGGAAUGCCUUUGUCAUCCUUGUCAUGACCAUCGCUGCCUGGCUUUACUGCCGGGAUCGCAGAUCCAGUCAUGGUACAUAUCCUAUCAAGAUUCUACUGACCGUACCGCGUGGUUUCCAACAUAUCGGCCCUCCCACGAUAGACCCCAGCCUUGUCAAGGCUCUGGCGGGCCAGCUGCCGGUGGCGACUAUCGUUCUUCUCUUAGAGCACAUCGCUAUUUCGAAGUCCUUUGGACGUCUCAACGGCUAUACGAUCAAUCCGAACCAGGAGCUCAUUGCAAUCGGAGUGACGAACACCGUUGGAUCUGUCUUCGGUGCCUACCCUGCAACUGGCUCCUUCUCGCGUUCGGCUCUCAAGGCCAAGUCCGGUGUUCGCACCCCUCUCGCCGGUCUCGCCACCAGUCUGGUCGUUGUCGUUGCCCUAUAUGGUCUGACUCCAGCUUUCUUCUGGAUUCCGAAUGCCACACUGGCUGCCGUUAUCAUCUCUGCCGUCAUCAACCUGGUCGCUUCUCCUGCUCAGGUCUAUACUUACUGGCGGGUAAACCCCUUCGAGUUUGUCAUCUGGUUUACAGCAGUGCUCGUGACAGUCUUUUCGUCCGUGGAAAACGGCAUCUAUGUCUCAAUAUGCCUUUCGGUCGCUCUCUUGCUUAUCCGUAUCGCCCAUCCUCGCAAUAAGUUCCUGGGCAAGGUCACCGUCCGCAACGGCGGCUUGGACAACAAGAACUCACGUGAGGUCUUUUUCCCACUCAACGGAAGUGGUGCUACCGACGUGGACAUCAAAGUGGAGCCGCCUGCCCCAGGUGUAAUCGUCUACCGCUUCGAGGAAUCGACCGUGUUUCCGAAUGCAGCUGUGCUCAACUCCGAAAUCGUCUCCCAUGUCAAGGCCAAUAUGCGCCGUGGCAAGGAUCUGUCGGGCCUCGCUCCAGGAGACCGGCCAUGGAACGAUCCUGGCCCCAAGAACGGUGCUGAGGCUGAGCAGCAGCAGAACCUGCAGCGGCCCGAAUUGCGGGCCGUGGUUAUCGACUUUUCGGCAGUGUCCCACAUCGAUGUCACUGCAGUUCAGUCCCUGAUUGACACUCGCAACGAAGUGGAGAGAUGGGCCGACCACCCAGUUGAUUUCCACUUUUCGUCGAUUCUGUCCCCCUGGAUCCGUCGUGCCUUGAUUGCUGGCGGGUUCGGUACGGGCCAGCCGUCAGCAAAUGCACACCGCGAAAUUGCCCGGGUUGUGCCUGGACCCGAGCGAGACGACAGCCCCGAUCUGGCUGGAGGAGAUCUCGAGUCCCAGCCCAACGACAAAUCUGGUUUCUCAUCCGAGGGCUUCGCGCCUGUCUUGGAAUCGGAGACUCCCUUUUUCCACAUAGAUCUCGCUGCUGCGGUUUGUGCAGCAGAGAGUGGUCUGUCUUGAAAAGUAAUUCCGGAUCGGACACAUUGUACUAUUAGCGAGAGUAGUUGUUUCAGCGAUGGGAAUUAAUUCCAAUGCUUAAUAGAUCCUCAAUCCUGGCUAUCAUAAUUAUGUUCACAUGCC